AACUGAGCUCCACGGCAGCAUCAUGCCUCCUAAAUUCGACCCCAACGAGAUUAAAGUUGGUAUGUUUUCACUGUCACCUGGGUAGUUAAGCAGAAGCUGCUUCAAGAUGGAGUCGCUCUGCUUCGGCCUAUGAAGGGCUCUGAGCAAACGUGUACAUGAGGUGCACAGGAGGAGAAGUUGGUGCCACCUCAGCCCUGGCCCCCAAGAUUGGACCUCUGGGUUUGUCUCCCAAGAAAGUUGGUGAUGACAUUGCCAAGGCCACUGGUGAUUGGAAGGGUCUGAGGAUCACAGUCAAGCUGACCAUCCAAAACAGACAGGCAACAAUCGAGGUUGUUCCUUCUGCGUCGGCUCUGAUCAUCAAGGCUCUAAAGGAGCCACCACGUGACAGGAAGAAGGUCAAGAACGUGAAACACAAUGGAAGUGUGACCUUCGAUGAGAUUGUGAACAUUGCUCGCACUAUGAGGCCCCGCUCUAUUGCUAGAGAACUCUCCGGAACCAUCAAGGAAAUCCUGGGUACCGCUCAGUCCGUCGGCUGCACAAUCGAUGGCCGUCACCCACACGAUGUCAUCGAUGACAUCAACAGUGGCAAAGUGGAGUGCCCAUCUGACUAAAUGAUUACAAUAAAAGGAGGAAAUGUC